CCAUUCAACUAAGGAUCAGCUCCGCUCCCAUUCAGCUGCCAUGUGGCUGUUCUGUUGCAUUAAGGAGAUGGGGCAGUUUAGGGACAUGGAUUCUCAGGACAUUCUUUGAGAUACUCGACACCUUUUUUUUGUUGCACUGCCUUUAGAGAGACAGAGAAUACACAAGGACCGGGGGCAGAGGGAUUGCACACUGCGGGACAGGAGUUUCAGAACCCCCGCCCCCUCUCUUCCACCUUCUCCCCCUCCUCCCCACCCCCCAUCCCCCUCCCUCCAGCCUCCAGCAGGAUAACGGGGAGCAGGAGCCGUGACUCCGACAUCUUCCCUCCUCAUGUCUCCCCCGCAACAACUUUUAUUUUCUGAAAACUGGAACGCACGAUUGUGUCAGAUUGAACAGACAUAGAGGAAAAAUCUGUCCCUCAACACUGAGCUUCAUCUUGAAACCGAAGUGACGCAGAGCAGAAGCUCCGGCAUGGAGAAGAUUUCUACUCAGCUGGGAGUAAUAAACGACACCGCUUCUACACCGAACUCCAAACAGGAAUUGCAACCUUACAGCCAGAGAGAGCAGACGGCCUCCAGCAGCCUGAAAACCAAUACCAUCGGGGAAGCCGUUCUGUACGGGCUGCCCAUCGUCUCCUUGGUGAUUGACGGGCAGGAGAGGCUGUGCCUGGCCCAGAUCUCCAACACCCUGCUGAAAAACUACAGCUACAACGAGAUCCACAAUCGCAGAGUGGCCUUGGGUAUCACCUGUGUCCAGUGCACCCCAGUCCAGCUGGAAAUCCUGCGCAGAGCCGGGGCGAUGCCUAUCUCGUCCCGGAGAUGUGGCAUGAUCACCAAAAGAGAGGCGGAGAGGCUCUGUAAGUCUUUCCUGGGCGAGCACACGCCCCCGAAACUGCCCGAGAACUUUGCCUUCGAUGUGUCUCACGAGUGCGCUUGGGGUUGUCGUGGUAACUUCAUCCCUGCCAGGUACAACAGCUCUCGGGCCAAGUGCAUCAAGUGCAGCUAUUGUAAUAUGUACUUUUCCCCAAAUAAAUUCAUCUUCCAUUCUCACAGAGUCCCGGACACUAAAUACACACAGCCCGACGCCGCAAACUUCAACUCUUGGCGGAGACACCUCAAACUUUCAGACAAGGUUCCCUCAGAGUACCUGGCCCACGCUUGGGAAGAUGUUAAGGCGAUGUUCAAUGGAGGCAGCCGCAAGAGAACCCUCCCGAACCACGGCUCCGGCUCCUCGGCCUCCCUGAAAGCUCCCGGGGCCAGCUCGCUACCCCCCCGGGGCUCGGACAUCCCGCACAAGGCGCUGAGGUGUGAGGAUGAGGGGCGCGGCAUGAACUUGGCCAACAACGUCCGGAGCUACCCGGUCAUCCCGGUGCCCAGCAAAAGCUUCGGCAUGUUGCAGAAAAUGCCGCCGCCCAUCUUCCCGCACCCGUACGGCUUCCCCACCUUCGGGCUGUGUCAGAAAAAGGACGACGCCAACGUGGUGGGGGACAAGACUCAGGGGGGCUUGCCCAGUAUGUUCUGGUCUAGCGCCAAGGACACGGUCUACCCAUCUUUCCCCAUGUUCUGGCCGGCCGCUGGCACCCUGCCCGUUCCCCCGUAUCCACAGAGCCAACCCAAGGUGUCAGAGACCCCCAAUGGGCGGCAGAACGAGAUGGAUGUGUCCGAGCAAAGUGACCGGAGCAGUAACACUCCCAAGGACAGCCUGGCUGACAGUGAGAGGUGUUCCAGUACCCACUCCCGGAAUGAGGAGGACCCCCGCUCUGGGGAUGAGGCGCGCUCGGUCGAAGGCAUCUCCCUGACGCCUCGGAAACUCAACUACAUCUCGGCGUUCCGGCCAGUGGUGAAGGACGCGGAGAGCAUCGCCAAACUUUACGGGAACCGGGAGGUUUAUAACGGAGCCCGGCCUGGCUAUGGGUCACCGGACUUCAUGAGUGACAGCUCCAGUUACAGGUCCGUGUCUCCCGAGGUGGACAGCGAUGGGGAAGAGCCUGAGGUCGAUGUCGAGUCCAAUAGAUGUCCGGAGGAUGAGGCCUCUCCGCCGCUGGUGGACACCGUCCCAGAGACUGAGCUAGUCCCAGACAGAGAGGUCCCUGCUCCCUCUGAAUCCACACAGGACAUCUCCACCAGGGAGAGCCGAGGAAGCCCUUUUGGUGUUCAAGGCUCCGAGAAAGUCAGAGAGGGCGAGACUUCUGGGGAGCAGAAAGGCCACGAGGUGUUUCCACACGAUCGGGAGGGUCACUUGAACAGUGUGAAAAAUGCUUGCAACGCGACUCCAGCGCCCAUUUACACAGAGACUGAAGCUGAGCAAGACCGGGAGACCCAGAGCACAGCGGAGGACCCCGAGCCUAGAAAAUCCUAUCAGCAGCAAGGCGGCGUUUCCCAAGAGACCUCAGCAAAUUCUGAGCGGGGCGAAGAUGGCAUUAGACUGGAAACCCCGAGAACCCAACUGGUCGAAAAAGACAUUGAGAACAUGGGGAAAGAAGAGUUACAAAAACUACUUUUGGAACAGAUGGAGCUCAGGAAGAAGUUAGAACGGGAAUUUCAGAGUCUAAAAGACAGUUUUCAGGAUCAAAUGAAGAGGGAAUUGGCCUACAGAGAGGAAAUGGUUCAGCAACUCCAAAUCGUUAGAGACACGCUCUGCAAUGAGCUGGAUCAAGAGAGAAAGGCGCGUUACGCCAUCCAACAAAAGCUGAAAGCACACGACGCUCUCCACCAUUUCUCGUGUAAGAUGCUGACCCCUCGACAUUGCACUGGCAACUGUUCCUUCAAACCUCCGCUGCUCCCGCAGUGACACACCAGCCCGUUUACACAACACAAAGUGACGCUCUAAAUGAUCCUUAGGACUGUAAAUAAUAAUUUAAAAUAAAAGGUUUUUAACAAGAGGCGCAAACCCGUACAUAGGGGAAGCCAAACCACUAACAACCAGGAGGGGCCCGUGUGCCAGCACGGAGAUUGUGAAUAUAAAUGCAAGGACUAAGGAGCACGAAAUUUUGUAUAUGAAAAGUGAAUAGAUGACCUCAGGGUCACUGUUACAGACCUACCUGUCUGAAUUAAUGUCCACUUAUUUAAAAAUAUUGUUGAUAAGAAAUAAGUGGUUAUGUGCAAUUUAUCUUUCUGUAAUGUGAUUUCGUUCGUAAAGUAUUUAAUGGUUGUAACUUAUUGAUUUAUUUAUUAUUUAUUUGCCUUUCUCAGUCCGAAAAUCUAAUGGGGAACAAAAUUACCUUUGUAUAUUAUCGAUGUUAUUAAAAGAGCACUUUAAGAGGUAAUUCAGUGUGUAAAAGAUUCCGUUUGGAAAUCUGUUAAAGUGAUUUUGUUCUUAAAAUAAAGUCGGCCUU